GAAUUCCAGAAACACAUCAUAUAAAACGGGCAAUUAAUACCUUAUCGCAAGAUUUCUCACGAGAUGGAUAUUGGCAUCAGUGUAUCUUGACAAGUCGGAGUGCAGGAGCAUUGUGAACAUUCAAGCAAAUUCAACAUUUACGUGCAUUUUUUAUUAGCUUUAACCUCAGCCACUGUGUGUGGUUGUGCCAAAAGGUCCUAGAAUGUAGGACAAGGAAAAUGUACCCUAAGGGUUGGUGUCCUGGUGAGGUAGUGUUACAGACUGUCACAGCACUCAUACUUUGGUGUCAGUCUGUUGGAGUCCCUGGAGGGGCUGAGGCUGUGGUAGCCUACAGCACCCAGCACGAUAAUGCCGAAAUCCAAGAUUCCCGAAAUGAAAAGCAACUCAUACUAUUCCCAGAGUUGUGGAAGGAGAUAUUUCUGUGGGGAUUCUUCACCAUGCUGUUCAUUCACAUUGUGGCCAGUAUCAUUGCAUUUUUGAUGCUUAGGAAACAUAAAUAUGGAAGGUUUUCAGCAGCUUGUAUAUUGCUAAUUGGUAUGUGCACCACUUUUGCAAUGUGUGCAGCUACAAGUGCAGCUCUGGGAUUUGUUCUCUAUCAAGCCAAGAUAAGUCUGCAGCCCAUUGAAGCCAUGAUAUGUGGGAUAGCGCAGACAGCUUUGUUUAUAUUCUUUGCCUUUUCUCGGUUCAUGCCAACUCUCUAGUCAUGUUUGCACAGACAAAAGGAUCAGCUCAGUGUCUGUGCUGUGUAAAUAUAUAUGCAUGUGUAUAAAGUUGUUCUGAAGAUGCUGCUGCAGUCCAGUGCAUUGUCCAGCAGAUAAUUCCCAGUCACUCCCUCGCUCCUCAAAGGUUUCGAACCAGCUCCAGGAAUUUGCCACAAAAAUGUUCUAGUUCAGCCACCAGCCUCUCUGUAUGUGAAUAAAACAACUGGAAACCACUGAUUAAGUAUUCUCUGGUUUCAUGGCGACCAAGACGAAAGAUUCCACCGUGGGAGUGAUUCCCUCGGGUGGUGUAUUUAGUUGAUGAUGUAUUGUUAUCUCUGUUCUAUUUGCCCAUUUUAUAUUAUGUAUUUUUGUCUAAUUGAAGUUUUUUGGUUCUUCUUUUUUUUUUCUGAGAGAGGAGUUACAAAACUUGUGAUGCAAAGGCAUAGAGUUACUAGGAGUUAUGAUAAUUUCGUUCAAAUUAAUACUCCUAAUUCAUAGAUCUGAUUUUCGAUUUGGAAAGAGUACAAUGAUUUCAUUGUUUUAUUUUUCAUCUUUAUUGUCUCAAAACACUUUUAGAGGCCUGCAAGUGGCAGUUGGAUAAGAUGGAAGAAUGAGUUUGACAACUCUCUGCCCCUUUCUUAUGAUUUGUAUUUUGAUAACUUGAUUAUGAUUAAAGCAGCUUCUCAUUCCCUUAGAAAAUUGAAUUUGGUAAGAAGAUAGUAUUUAUUACAUUCCAAGGAUGACCAUGUUUUUCUUCUUUCUUUUGAUCAUUGCUUGACUAUAAGUUUGUGAGUGAAGUUAAAGUUAGUACAAGUUGUGGUGAAAUGUCCACAUUAUUUGUAUUUAUUCAGUCUCUACAAGUUACUGCUAACUAUUGUUUUCAUUGAAUUCAAUUGCUGUAAUGGACCAUAUGACAUAGGAAUAACUAGAUAAUACAAAGUUUUAACAAUAUUGAUAACAUAGGUGAUUGAUGGUAUUAAGUCUAUAAAUGGUAUGUAAGAAUACAUUUGAACUGGAUUUCACUAUCACAUUUACAUGUGUUGAAGUUCCCCAAAGAUUUAAAGGUUUGGGUAAUUUCUGCAAAAUUAGCUGAUCACAAAAUGAAGGUAUACUUGAAAUAUAAUUUUCCUUAAUUUCGUUGAUUGAAUCUGGAUAAUUGUUUAUCAUUAGAGUUGAAAUAAUCAUACAACCUCCAUGGAAUCUAAAAAUAUUAUCUUUAUUGGCAACAGAGAACCACUUCAAAGGUUUCGCUAUAGGCCCUAUUGUUUAUUUUUAACUGUUGCUGUUUGAAAUUGUUUUGCAAAUUAACAAGAAAAUACAAAUGUAGCUAGAGAAUGCAUAGUUCAGUUCUGUAAGUUGGUGCUUCAUGAACUUUGCAAAUUGUGUUUGUCUGAUU